AUGUCAACUCAAUCUGAAAUCAAAUCUUUUCAAAUCUUAAAGUGGAUAAAAGUUAUAAUCCUCGGUUCGAUCGGUAAUACGAUCGUCGGCGGUUUAACUAGUUUCAUUGGAUCUUUGUGUCUACAACAUCAUCCGUUGAUAGCGAUUUCAAUUAUCUGGAUAGGUGCUUCGGCAGGUUUGAUUGUAAGUCUUUUACAUGCUGUCAUGGUUUUCUUUACUUCUCAUUUCUUCACUACUUCAAUCAAACCGAAUCGACCGAAAAGUUUAUCACAAGAAUUACUUUUGAUCUUGACUCAAGCUCCGCUUUGGAGUACGAUUGGUGCUACAAUUAGUUAUACGACGAUCUUAGUUGAAAAUGCAUUAAAGUUCAAUCAUCCAUCUAGUCAUCAAACUCAUUUAUAA